UCCGUCUCUACAGGCUUGCCCGAGUGAAACGGUGGAGUGAUAUUUACGAGAAGGGGAAUCGAAAACCCCCUCGUAUAGACGUGCUUAGAUUUCUGUGAACCUCCUCCGUGUAAGGUGAGGAUGGUUUUAUUCGAGGACCCCGGAACGGAGUUGUUCGAAGGAUUCAACUUGAGCACGUUGGGGGUGGACGAAGCCUUCGUCUCCGUGAAUUCUACAACACGCUGGCACGUCUACACUCGCAACCAGGAGUGCAUCAAGUGUCCAUAUACAUCAGAGGCGAUUGUGGAAAGCGGGCAGGCAUGGAUCUGGACGGUGGAUACGAAAUUCCCAUGGAAAUUGGCUUUCUCCAAGGAGGAUGUUGGAGAUUUCCUGCCCGAGGCGAAUGAGUCCCGGGCAGAAUGCAUCGUCGGGACGGACCAUUUUGGGGAAUUCGGUGUCUAUUCCAUCGACCCUCAAAACUGUUCUUUCGAGACCCGCAAGGAACCCGUCAACAUUUAUUCAGGGCUGCUGGCAUGCUUCCUCUUCUACGUGGUUCUCGCCUUUCUUUGGAUCGUCUUCGAGGCGCUUUGGAGAAGAAGUCGACUGAAGACCUUGUGCCGGUACAUCCGAGAAUCCAUGAGACCCGAGACGACGAUAGACAUCACUUCCUCUUGGGAUGCCGAUGAAGAGAGGAAGAAAAAGAAACAUCGUCUCAAGUCCUUGGACACCUUCCGAGGGUUCCUAUGGAUCAUGGGAGUGUGCAUCCCAAUGUCCAUCCGAUCGGGAUUGCGGAGAGACGGGAGUCGACUCUCCAUCUUUCGCCACGUCCUUUCGAGAUCCGUGAAACUCUUCUUGCUUGGACUCAUCUUGAAUUCCCUCGGAGGACGGAAUGACCUUCAGAGAUUCCGAAUCUUCGGGGUCCUUCAGCGAUUCGCCGUCGCCUACUUCAUCAAUGCAGUACUCAUGCUUGCCUUUGCAAAGCAUGACUACACGCCCAUCGCCAAGGGUCCCCUGAAGGUCCUGCAGGACAUCUGGGAGUUACUGCCAGUUUGGGUGGGGAGUAUUUGCAUCCUCAUCCUCCACUUCGCCUUCACCUUCUUUCUACCCGUCCCUGGCUGCUCUUCGGGUUACCUGGGUCCCGGAGGGAUGCACGAGGAGGGGGCACACAAGAAGUGCAUCGGAGGUGCGGCGGGAUACAUCGACCGGGUCGUCCUGGGGGAAGCCCAUCUCUAUCCCACACCCACUGCUUCCAUCCUUUACGACAGUGGACCCUUCGACCCUGAGGGCAUACUAGGAAGCCUGACGUCGGCGUUCCAAGUGUUCCUGGGGAUGCAAGCCGGGAUGACGCUUUUGCUCUUCAGUGACUGGAAGAGUCGCGUGAAACGGUGGCUCGUCUGGGGUGUCACGUGUGGUGCCCUUGGUGCUCUCCUCUGCCUAGCCUCCAAGGAACAAGGCUGGAUCCCCGUCAACAAAAACCUCUGGUCUUUCUCCUACGUGAUGGUGACGACAUCGAUGGCAUUUUUCCUGCUCACUGUUUCAUAUAUCCUCAUCGACAUUCUCAAAUGGUGGAACGGGUCUCCAUUCAUAUACCCAGGGAUGAACGCGAUCGUGAUGUACGCGGGACACUCGAUUGGCUACAACCUCUUCCCCUGGCACUGGAGAUAUGGUCCCAUGAACACCCACUGGGAAAUGCUCGUGGAGAGCCUCUGGGGCACGUCCCUUUGGGUCAUCAUCGCCUUCAUCAUGUACAAGAAGAAAGUUUUCGUCGCCUUGUGACGAUGCCAUCCCGACGGGGAUCGGACAUCGUUGCCAAUUAGUGCUCUCGUUCCGAUGAACUUCUUAAAUGUGCAUUCUUUUUCAUCUGUUGUGAGAAUUGUCUCGAGGAGAAGACGAACCUGGUGCUGCCCUAGUGGUUACAGGAGUUUCAUCUCUUGUUCGACUCAAGGGAAAAUAUUUUUACUGCCAUCCUCAAAUAUGAAAAAGUGUUCUCAUGAGAAAA